AUGAGCAAAAAAAAUGCAAACCCAAAGGUUUUGAAAUUGGCCGAGCGCCUUGUGGCACUAAAACAGGAUGAAAUUGAUCAUUUCACAUACCUAUUUAAAGAACGAAUAACAGCCAAACCCAAAUUCUCGAAAAAACCAGCGGACCAAAUUGAACCUGUGCAUCCCCACACCAAGCGACUUCCCACCCCUGGAAAUUUCAAUCAUCAGAGAAAGAACAUCAUUUUCAACUUUUAUUUUAACUUAUUUCAAACUAUAAGGAACACCUUCGUUUUCGUAAGCAAAUAG